AUGACUCAGCUGGUUUUGCCGGAACGGCAGAAGACUGCAGAUGCUGACGUCGUGGUGGAGGUGGCAACAUAUUUGCACAUUGCUGCAACUGAAGCCCCCUACCAGGGAGACACCACGACCAAUACCGUCGCCCAACUGGCAGGGAAACAGUGGCGAUGCAUGGUGGCGAUGGCGGCGGCGGCGAACCGUGCGGUGUGCGGCAUCUGCCGGCGCGCGCAGUCGGAGCCGCGGCUGCUGGCCUGCCUGCACAGCUUCUGCACGGACUGCCUGCUCGAGCUGCAGGCGGCGCAGGCCGGCGACGCCUGGAGCGACCCGGCAGCGGACUCGGUGUUCCUGGGAGGUUCCGGUGAGGACGCGAGCGGGUCCGGCUCUGGGUCGGGGUCCGGGUCUGGGUCCGGGUGCGGGGAGGCGCGCUCGCUGCAGUGCCCCACGUGCGGCUGCGCGCAGCCGCUGGCCGCCGGCGGGGUGCGCGCGCUGCCGCCCGACUUCCCGCUGCAGAGCCGCCUGCGCGCCGCCGCCGCCGCCUCCGCUGCGCCGCCGGCCGCCGCCGCGACGCACGACGACGCAGAGCCCGCCGUAGCGCCGCUCUGCGACCUCUGCUCCACCAACGUUCAGGCGAGCAGCCGGUGCGCGGACUGCAUGUCGUGGCUGUGCGCCUUCUGCGCGGAGGCGCACGGCCGCCAGCGGGCCACGUCAGCCCACGCGCUGCUCUCGCUGGGCGAGGCGCGCCGCCCGCGCCCCGCCGCCUCUGCCGCUGCCAGCGCCGGGGUGCGCCGCCCCGCGCCGGCCACGUGCGCGCUGCACCCGGGCCAGGAGCUGCGGCUGUUCUGCGCGACGUGCGCGCGGCCCGUGUGCCGCGACUGCGCGCAGGCGCCCGGCGCCGCCCACCGCGGCCACUCGCUGGAGGCGGCCGCGCGCGCCGCCCAGCUCUGCGCCAGGGGGCUGCGAGACGCGCUCGAGCGCGCCAGGCCCGUCGCCGAGCAGGCCGCGCUCGCCCUCGACCGCCUCGGCCACCUCGAGAAGAGGAUACAGACGCGGUGCAGCCAGGUGUCGGACGAGGUGGAGCGCUUCAUCGAGUCGUACUCGGCGGCGCUGGAGGAGCACCGGCGCUCGCUGCAGCGGCAGGUGCAGGAGGCGCGCGCCGCCAAGCUGCAGCUGGUCGAGGCGCACGCCCGCCACCUGCACAGCCGCGCCGACCAGGCCGCCACCGCCGUCGCCUUCACCGAGGACCUCCUCGCAGAGGCCUCCGACGUCGAGCUGCUGACGCUGGUCUCCCCAGUGCUGCGUCGUCUGGAAUGGUGCUGCAACAAUGGGGCUAGUGGCAGCCUCAUGGAACCACGUGUAUCUGACUGCCUGCAGUUUCUUCCUGAGGAGGGCUGUGGCCGAAUCAAAUCACACACCCUCUUUGGCGUCAUAACAACACAGACAGUGUCUCCACAACACUGCACGCUCAACACUGACACUCUGAUGAUUUGUCGACAGCAUAAGAAAGCUGAAGCAGUUCUAACAACAAGAGAUGCUGAUGAACAGCCACUAUGUCAUGGUGGAGAGAAAGUCACUGCAGAACUGCGAUACAAGGAUGCCAGCAACAGGAAGAUUCCUAUCCACGUGGCUGACCGUCGAGAUGGAACGUAUUUGCUAGUGUUUGUACCAGACACUGCAGGGAACCUCAGUCUCUCUGUCUAUGUUCGUGGGAAACCAAUUAAGGGAAGUCCUUUCCUGGUCUGUGUGAGGACACUGCGUCCUCACCAUGGGACAUUUCAUUGCUGCAGCUUUUGUUCCAGUAAUGGGAGCAAAACUGCUACAUGUGGAUGUGGUGGGAAAAUGCCAGGUGGCUACCAGGGUUGCGGCCAUGGCCAUGCUGGACAUCCUGGUCGCCGGCAUUGGUCUUGCUGUGGGAACAUUCUUGAAAAUUCCGAGUGUGGACGUACAAAUUCUGCUCUGUACCAAUUCACUCUGUGACUGGACAUUACUUACAUUUAUAUGUGGAAUUUACUGGGUGCGAGAUAAACACAAGCACCACUAGAAGCAUGCAUUAAAUGAAAUGACGUGCAGUAACAACUCAGAUAAUUUAUUAUUGGAGGAUAAAAACAAAUAAAUUUUAAAAACAAUUACAGGAAAGUCCAGUGACAAAAUAUAGCAUAGGAACAACUUCAUCACACACAAAUCACAGCCCCUUGUAAUGGAACAUUUUCCCAAAUAAAUGUGUUCAACAAUUAUUAUUUUUAUUGUACUUCUAGGAAAUAAAUACAUUCAGCUACUACACCACCCUCUUCCACAAUUAAAUUACUUCUUAAGUGCAUAAAAAAAUCUCAAACGUCAGUUAUUGAAUUUUUAGUCGCACUUUCUCCCCCCCCCCCCAUACACACACACACACACACACACACACACACACACACACACACACACAGAGAGAGAGAGAGAGAGAGAGAGAGAGAGAGAGAGAGAGAGAGAGAGAGAGGAAAGGGGGGGGGGGUGU